AUGGCCUUCUCCGUUGGGUUGGCGUUGCUGUGCGUCUUGGUAGGUCUGUUGGUGUUGUUCGUGCGUCAACGCUACCGGUAUUGGAACGUACGGAACGUGCCCACUCUGCCAGCGAAAUUUCCAUUCGGUAAUUUCGCGGCCCUUCGCAUCAAGUCCCCAGCGGAGGUGUCCACUGAGCUGUAUCGUCGCAUGAACCCGUCCGAACGGUUCUAUGGGUUGUUCAUGAUGCUUCAACCGGCUCUCAUGAUCACCGAUCUGGACCUCAUCAAGUGCGUGCUGAUCAAGGAUUUUGCACACUUCCCGGAUCACGGUGUUUACCACAACGAGCGCGUUGAUCCGCUCUCUUGCCAUCUCUUCUGCGUUGAGGGUUCGCGGUGGCGCAGCAUCCGGAACCAUCUUUCGCCCUCAUUCACAUCCGGUCGGAUGAAAGCGAUGUUGCCGAUCCUGCGUGAAGCUGCCGGUAACUUCGUGGAGUUCCUGCGCGUGGAAUCCUCGAUCGCCGUUGCGGGUGAACUCGACGUGAAGGACUGUUGUGCGCGGCUCAUGAUCGACAAUAUCGGUGGGUGCGCGUUCGGUAUCGCGUGUAACAGCUUCCGCGAGCCAAACAGCGCGUUUCGCCGUGCAGGGCAGCUUGUGUUUGAUCGACCGCGCCAUUCGCAGAUCAUAAGCAACUUGCUGCGGUUGUAUCCGGCUCUCGGGAGAGCGCUCGCGCUGAGGGUAAACCACGACGAGGUGAUCGAGUUCUUCACGGACCUGAUCGAGCGGACGGUGGAGAUGCGCAGUCACGAGUCGGUCAGCCGGAACGACUUAAUCGACGUGAUGGUUGAGCUGAGGGCCGCUUCCGGUGGUGCGGCGCUCACGAUGAACGAAUUAAAGGCGCAAGCGUUUGGGUUCUUUGUGGCCGGAUACGAGACGUCGUCCUCAAAUGUGACCUUUUGCUUGUACGAGCUGGCCCUUGAUGAAAGCUGCCAGGAACGGGCGAGAACGUGUGUGUUGGAGGCGUUAGAAAAGCACGGUGGGUUGACGUACGAAGCCCUCGCUGACAUGGAUUAUCUGGAUUGGUGCAUUAAUGAAACCCUCCGGAAGUAUCCUCCAUUACCGGUUCUGCAGAGGUUGUCCUGCAAACCAUACCAGCUCCCAAACAGUUCGGUGGUUCUGCCAGCCAAAUCGAAGCUACUCAUUCCGGUGUACGCCAUCCAGCGGGACGAGCGCUACUACCCCGAUCCGGACCGGUUCGAUCCGAACCGGUUCGCGCCGGAACACGUGGCCGAGCGGCAUUUUAGCACGUUUCUUCCGUUCGGCGAAGGACCACGCAUCUGCAUCGGUCAGCGGCUUGGCGUGAUGCAAUCGCGCGUUGGUCUCGCCACGGUUUUGGCCAAUUUCCGUGUCCGGCCGGGUCCCCACACGCAGAUACCGAUCGUGUACGCGAAGGAUGCAGUCACGCUGCAGUCCGAUGGGCCGGUGUUCCUGCGGUUCGAGCCACUGUAG